AUGUCAAACCGUCGUACCAGUGCACGUUUACUCUCCCUUUUGGACCGGAACCGCCUAAACGUGUUGAAUUUAUCGGAAGAAGAAGCUGCCGACUUGCUGAAUUCCGUUUCUCUCUCCAAUGAUAACGACAAUGACGAUAAAGAAAAUGAUCCAGACUUCGAACCAGACGGCAUCACUCCAGAAUUGGAUCAUGCCAUCGAUGAAUGCUUGCUGCUUGACAACACUUAUGCCAUUUUUGAUGCUGUGAGUAUAGCCGAUGCCGUGAACAUGUCACUGAAUGUUACUUGUUUUAGUGCUUAUGUUGCUUCUUCCACUUUACAUGAAGUUGACGUUGGAGAAGAUGAUGUUCCACCUGAAAAUGUUUUGAGCGAAGAACCAUCAACAUCUGCACAAGCUGCAUUGCCAUCAACAUCUGCCCGUCGAAAAAAACGGCCACGUUCACCAUUGCCAACUUUGGAUGACACUUGUCCGAUUCCGAUUCCGAUGCCAAAUAAUGGUGGUUUUACUGGUAAAACUCUUGAAUCGAUUUUGAUCGACUCAAAGGAAUUUCAUCCAAUUUGGAAGAAAAAUUCUCUCCAAUUGCAUGUGAAUGAAGUGGCAUUCCGGGGUGAUUCGUCGCUACCAGCCGAAGUGAAAGAGCUCACAACACCGAUGCAAUUGUUUUGUUAUUUCUUUUCAAAAGAAAUAAUAGACAUUGUAGUUGAAGAAACGAACGGGUGUGUUCUGAGCAAAGACAUAAACACUACAUUUAGUGUGGAUGCCGAUGAUGUGUAUAAAUACAUUGGCAUUCAUUUAUACAUGUCACUUUACCGGUUUCAAAAUCUCGAAAGUUAUUGGGGAGAUAUUCCAUUCGAACCAAUACGGCAAACAAUGUCAUAUCGGCGAUUUGAGCUCAUCAAGAAAUUCUUAUGCUUCAGAGAUGAAGCUGAACGUUCGAAAAAGGGCCAAGCUGGAUAUGAUCCUCUGUUCCGGAUGAGAAUUGUCGUAAACAUCUUGAACGACCGAUUCGAUUCCAUCCCAAAGCCAGCUCGACUUUGCGUCGAUGAACAGAUGUGUGAUACGAAGAUGGUGCACCAUUUGCGGCAGUAUAUGCCCAAUAAGCCACACAAAUGGGGCAUGAAAUUAUUCGUUCUAUGUGACUCAUCUGGAUUUGCUUAUCGGUUCAAAGUUUACAAUGGUGCUGGAGACAACAAACUCGUGGAUGGCCAUCCAAAUCUUGGUGCUUCGGCGAAUGUUGUCAUGCGAUUGUCUCAAACCACCCCGGAUAUGGCAAAUCACUUUGUAUACUUCGACAACUUUUAUACAAGUUUGCCUCUGUUGGUGUAUUUGCGCGCUCGUGGAAUUUUCAGUCUUGGUACGAUACGAGUGAACAGAGUGCCUGGUUGUAAGCUGAGUUUGGAAACAGCCAUCAAAGAUAAACCAAGAGGAUAUUCUGAGGAAUAUAUGGCAUCCUCAUAUGGCGUUGAUCUGACUACUGUAUUGUGCAACAAAGUCGUUCGUUGGCAUCGACGUAAGUUGGUGUGA